AUGGCCCCGCUGCACCCUGUGGCUGUGCAGUGCCAGGAGGCACAGCUGGUGGUCACAGUGCACAGGGACCUCUUUGGCACCGGGCGCCUGGUCAGGGCUGCGGAUCUGAGCCUGGGGUCAGCCUCCUGCCUGCCCGUGGUCUGGAGCACCUCUGAGACCACUGUGACCUUCGUGGCUGGGCUGCACGAGUGUGGCAGCACCCUCAGGGUGACCCCUGAUUCUCUAAUCUACACCACGAGCUUAAAUUACAGCCCAGUUCUUCCCAGCAAUCCUGUUGUCAUCCGCACCAGCCCUGCCGUGGUUCCCAUCGAGUGCCACUACCCCAGGAGGGACAAUGUGAGCAGCCAUGGUGUCAAGCCCACGUGGGCACCCUUCCGUUACACCCUGUCCUCUGAGGAGAGGCUGCCCUUCUCCCUGCGCCUCAUGAGUGAUGACUGGAGUGCCGAGAGAGCCUCCGCUGUAUUUCAGCUGGGAGAGGUCCUCCACUUCCAAGCUGGUGUUGAUGCAGAGAACCAUGUGCCUCUGAGGCUCUUUGUGGACAGUUGUGUGGCCACCCUGACCCCGGACAGGACCUCUUCUCUCCAGUAUGCCUUCAUUGAAUUCAGUGGGUGCCUGGUGGAUGGGCAGCUGGACGACACCAGCUCUGCCUUCGUCACCCCCCGGCCCCGGGAGGACAUGCUGCGCUUCAGGAUCGACGUCUUCAGGUUCGCAGGGGACACCAGGAACCUGAUCUACAUCACCUGUCACCUGAAGGUGACCCCAGCAGACCAAACCCCGGACCCCCUGAACAAGGCUUGCUCCUUCAACAAAGCCAGAAACACCUGGGCACCCGUGGAAGGCACCCGGGACAUCUGCAGCUGCUGCGAGAUGGGCAACUGUGGGUCCCCUGCGCUCUCCCGGAGCCUCAACCCCCUGGAGCGAUGGCCCAGCCGCCGCUUCCGCCGCCACGACACCAAGGGGAAAGAGGCUGAAGCUGACGUGGUCAUCGGCCCCGUGCUGCUCUCGAUGGAGCCGGGCGCGGGGGGACGGCAGCAGGAGGGUGGUCAGG